CAUGUCAACAAAAAAUAUGUCUGGUCUGGUCAUGGAAAGCGACUAGCGUGAAUUUGAAGUUAAAUAAGUAAAUGGGAAUCACUGAAUUAAAAAAGUGUACAUAUUUAAUGCCUAAUAACUAACAUAUUUAUUGUAGCUAUGUCGUCUAUAGAUUUCGAUCCUGCAAUAAAGUUGUGCUUGAAAUAUUUGCACUCUGGUGCUUCUGAUUCUACAGAACAACUGCGGUUAACGUUAGAUGACCACAUUCGUCAAACUUAUGGCAGCGCUAAAACGCUUGGAAAUGUUUUGCCAAAGAAGUACUUGAAUGAGGAGAAGUUGGAAUCUCCUCGAUCUAAGCACAAGACUGAAAAGUCUAGUAGUACUAAAACUGUGGCAUUGCCACAACAGAGUCCACAGCAGAUACAAAUACCGGAACGUGAAAAUGAUGACGGUUCCGUUAUGGAUGGAGAGUUGUCCCUCGAUUUAUUGGAAGAGGACUUGACUUGUGCUGUAUGCAGACAAAUAUCAGUUCAGGCUGGAAACCGCUUAGUUGAAUGUGAUGCUUGCUGCGCCUUGUACCAUCAGGACUGCCACAAACCUGUCAUCAGUGACAAUGACAUAGCUGCUGGGUGGCAAUGUGCCUCCUGCUUGACAUCGCUGGGUAUAACUGGUAGUUAUAUUAAAGCGACUCCGAAAUCACCUUCCAACAUCUCCGGGUCCACAACACCAGUCAAGAUAUCGUCCAGCAGUUCAUCUUCCUCAUCACCUUCGAAGGUGGUGACACCGAACAUCAACAUUAUUUCUGCUGAUAAAAGACUGCAAAUUAUGAAGAAGAAAGCAGCCAAACAACAUGAAAAGAAGAAAAGCUCUAAAUGAUAAUUACUGUUUGUUU